CUGAGAGUUUCAUUAAUGGCUCCCACCACACCCACCUGAGAGUUGGUUGGAGCAUUUCAUUUCAGCCGUACAAGGUGGUCGCUUUCCCCCAACAAUUAUUACAAACUAAUAUCAAUAACUUAUCUCUUCUCAAAAAAAAAAAAUAUCAAUAACUUAUCCUUAAUUUCCUCGACCCUUUAGUUUAAACCCGCAUCACAGACAAUAACAACAAUUUGCAUUCUAAUAACAUUUAAGAAUCAGAAUUUUUAUUUUUCAUUUUUUGGGUUUGGUUUGUGUUGGAGAAAUAUUGGUGGGUUUUAGAGAAUUUUGAUAGAAAGAGAAGAUGGGAUGAGAGAUUUGAGGAUUUGGGUUCGGAAUUGGAAAUAGUAGUACAUAUGUUUCGGAAACUUAGGUGGUUGAUUGGUCUGAGUUGUAGAAAUUGGUCAGCUAAGAGGUUGCUGCCAACACCACCACCACCACCACCACAACAACAACAGCAGCAGCAGCAGCAACUGCCUACUCUUGAUGCUACUCAUGAAAUUGCCAUUUACAUCCAUAGGUUUCACAAUCUCGACCUUUACCAAAAAGGAUGGUAUAGGAUUAGGAUAACAGUUAGAUGGGAGGGCAAUGAGAACACUUAUCCGGGGACUCCGGCACGGGUUGUUCAAUAUGAAGUUGCAGCUCCUGAACUGAGUUCUGAUAAUUUCAAUGGAGGUUGGGGGAUUGAUGAUAUAGACAAUAGCUUUUCAACACGGCCUUUUCUGAUCAGAGAUGCAAGGCAGGAUGUUUUUCUAUCCGUCUUGAUCUCAUUCAACCUAGCCCUUGGUAAAAAUGAGGGUCCAUCCACGACUGCUGUUAUUUUGAAGUUUGAGCUAAUGUAUGCCCCCGUAUUGAACAUCAGGCCUGAGUUGCAGGCUUCUCUAGAACCAUGCUCUGUUGCUGUUCAUGAAUUCCUCAUUCCUCCUAAUGCUCUUCUGGGAAUGCAUUCUUAUUGUCCUGUUCAUUUUGAUGCUUCCCAUGCUGUCCUUGUUGAUAUAAGUGUACAUGUCAGUUUACUGAGGACUGGUUCUUACAUCCCCCCACUGAAGGUACCCAGUGCAACUUGGGCUGUUGAAGAUGAUAAUGGUCAAGAUUUUGAUGGGUCAAACAAGAAAAAUUUGGUGACUGAUCAGGCAUUAGGUCAAAAAGCAUCAGGAGAUUUAAAACAGAUCAUGCUUGUAAAAGCGUUGGUGGCUGCUCGUGAUAUUCUUUUUGAAGAUCUACAAAAGAUUAGCAAAGCUAUCGAACAAGAAAUUGAUUUGACUGAUCUUAUUUUCAAUCUUGAUAAUAAAAAUCUGUGUAGUUCUAUUAUGCAAGCAGAUCUGGAUAUGGAAUUUGGUGAAGUUUCACGGAAACUCUCUGGCAAGCCACAAAAUAGUAUUGAGAAAGCAGGCGGUAUUAUUAACUUUCAAAGUGAGAAAUUGCUCCAGUCCUUGCCUCAGGAUUAUCUGUUUAGCUUUUAUUAUAUGCUGGGAAAUCAAGUUUUGUUCUUAUGGAACGCUUUUUUGAAGUUCCACAGAGUUAACAAGACAAAGAUACUUGAAUUACUACGUGAUGCAUGGGCUAAUGAUCGGAGAGCAGAAUGGUCAAUAUGGAUGGUGUACUCUAAGGUUGAGAUGCCACAUGGCCCUAGUCAAUACAUGAGUCACAAGUCAUCGUCUUACCACAGUGUCAAUGGAAAAUCUUUGAGUUUGCGGAAGUCAACUGAUGCAGUAAAUCCUGCCAACGCUGCAGCUAUGCGUGCUGAGCUUCAUCGGCAAAGCAUUGCACGUAUGAGGAUCAACAAUCAAUCACUUCAAGACAUGCAUUUAUUUGGAGAUCCUUUGCAUACGCCUAUUGUAAUUGUUGAACAUAUCAUCAGUGCACCAUUGCGUACUACCAGUUUAAAUUCAUACUUCAACCAUUUGGACCAAAAAGAUACUCGUUCUGUGCUUAUUGGACCUAGCUUUAAGGCUUCGAGCAGGUCAUUUAGGGCUAGCCCUCAACAAGAUGGUCCUGUUUUGAAAAUUGUUGUCUUCGUGCAUGGGUUUCAGGGACAUCAUCUGGAUCUACGGCUUGUCAGGAAUCAAUGGCUUCAGAUAGAUCCCAAAAUAAAGUUUCUGAUGUCAGAGGCAAAUGAAGAUAAAACAUUUGGAGAAUUGGGAGAGAUGGGUUUAAGGCUGGCUCAGGAAGUGAUUUCUUUCCUGAAAAAGAAAAUUGAUAAAGCCUCAAGAUGUGGUAGUUUAAGAAGCAUCAAACUUAGCUUUGUUGGUCAUUCCAUUGGAAACCUCAUCAUAAGAACUGCAUUAGCUGAGAGCAUCAUGGAGCCAUAUCUAAGAUACUUGUAUACGUAUCUUUCUAUAUCUGGUCCACACUUGGGGUAUCUGUACAGUUCGAACUCUUUAUUUAACUCCGGGCUGUGGCUCUUGAAGAAGCUCAAGGGUGCACAAUGCAUCCAUCAACUUACUCUCACAGAUAAUCCAGAUCUCCACGACACUUUCUUAUACAAACUCUGCAAGAAGAGGACACUGCAGAACUUCAGAAAUGUAAUUCUGUUAUCUUCACCACAGGAUGGAUAUGUUCCAUAUCAUUCAGCCAGAAUUGAAAUGUGCCCAGCAGCUUCUUUGAAUUACUCGAAAAAAAGUAGCAUCUUCAUGGAGAUGCUGAAUAAUUGCUUGGACCAGAUACGGAGUCCUUCAUCUGAGCAUCGAGUGUUCAUGCGCUGUGAUGUCAACUUUGAUACCUCUUUGCAUGGCAGGAACUUGAACUCCUUUAUUGGACGUGCUGCUCAUAUUGAGUUCCUAGAGUCUGACAUUUUUGCAAGGCUCAUAAUGUGGUCUUUCGCUGAUCUAUUUCAUUGAUUGUGAUAGAACCUGCAUUAAGUGGCUUAUUUGUUAUUCCACUUUCUUCUGUCAUUCGUCGCACAUUCUCUCUUGUUUUGGAGUGAUUGGCCUGAGAUUUCCAAUGAUAGGUGAUUCAGCCAAAAUGACUCCUGCAGUAUCUCAAAAAUUGUUGCAUAUCCUCUAGGGGCUGAGUUCAUCUUCAAUAGUCACUUGACAUGGGAGCCUAAAGUAGUUGAGUUUGGCAAUGGGCAUCAGGUUUGAGGUCCGACAUGCUUUGCAAUGGGCAUCAAGUUUGAGGUCCGAGUUCAAGGACUUUCAGGGUAGACAGGUUAUUGAAGUGAACUUAAGAAGUUAAGAGGACUUAUAUUUCAUGAAUGUACAGAAAAACCAAAAUAAAUGUCAGCAUUUCUGUGUUGUGCCUA